GCCGGACGGACGCGAAAGCUGCGAGCCUGCAGCACAUGCAUGGUCCGGCCAGACACUGCUCAUGACAAGUCUCUGUCUGCGGCGCCGGGGCAAGCCCAGCACCCGCGGGGACACCACCUCGAAGAACGACAGUUACUGCACCGGAGGCGAAGCUCCGGCCCCAGAGUCUAUAUCAGGGCCCAGCAGGCUGGUCCCCGGCUCAGAGCGUGGGAGGGAGGAAGAAGGACUCAGAGGGGCGUGACGUGUGUGUGUCCCUUGUCCCAGCACGUCUGCCUGCACCCAGGAAUGGGGGCCCCGGUAACCCCGGCCGGCCUGCUGCUCCUCCUGCACCUCACAGCUGGGACGUCUGCAGAGCCGCACUAUGUGGUGGUGAGCCCAGCCCAGCUCUACCACCCGCACACGGGGACGGUGUCAGUUCAUCUCAGCGACCUCAACGAGACCGUCCGGGUGAGCGUCCGGCUGGAGAGGGGGGAGGGGCUCAGCAAUGUCACCCUGCUGGAGAGAGAGGUCCAGGAGCCCCGUCUGCGCGAGAACCUGAGCUUCCAGGUUCCAGCCCCGUCUCGGGGGCAGCAGGAAGCCGCAGAGCUGCACCUCUCGGUGCGGGGGGACACCCUGCAGUUCUCGGAGCGGACGACAGUGCUGCUGCGGGUGCUGGAGCCGGGGACCUUUGUGCAGACGGACAAGGCCGUCUACAAGCCGGGACAGACAGUGAAGUUUCGAAUCGUCACUUUGGACAAAGACUUUGUUCCCAGCGCCAGGCCGGUGAGAGCGGGGGUGGGGUGA